GUCACGCCCCCAGAGGUCACUUACUGACCCAUGCGCUGAAUAAAUAGAAAAGGCUCGAGCGGAGUUUAAAGCUGGACAGAUUCGCCUUCAUUCUGCAGAAUAAAUCGCCAUCAUGAUCAACUGGAAGGCUCUGGAUAACGUGCCGGUGUUGCUCUACAUCCUGGCUCUGAAGACGCUCUUGCUGUGUCUGGCGUUUGCGGGAACGAAGCUCUACCAGAGCAAGAAAGCAGAAGCGGCUCUGAAACGGCAGAUGGAGAUGAAGAGGAAACUCGCCCAACAGACGCAGGAGCUCAUCGAUAACAAGAAGGACGACUGACGUGAAGAACGGGUGAAGAACGGGUGAAGAACGGGUGAAGAACGGGUGAAGAACGGGUGAAGAACGAGACGGACGAGCGGCUCUGUGUUUCUGGUGCAGAUGUUGAAGCCAAAGCCUCGACGACGCGGACUUGCUUUUUAUACACCGUUUUUAUUUAUUAUCUCUGACGUUUGUAAAUAAAAAUGUUUUUCUAUCUGUA